CUAGAACCUACUCUCAAAAUUUGUACAGAUCAUUUCGUUAAAACCCGUGUAGCGUGCAGCCGGAUUAUUAGCAACUAUUAAUAAAUAGCUUGGAUCAGGUUAGAUACAAGAACCUUGAAAUUUUGGCUAUAUACGAAACGUUCGUCAUUCGUUCCCGUGGUAAUUAAUCCGCAAUUUACUUCGCAGUUGUAAAGCCGAUAUAAUGUCGAUCGACGUAGCCAACGAUAUAAGGGAAAACAUGAUAAGGAUUGCCAAAGCCAUACAACAGGAAUUUUAUGAACUUCUUCCCGAUUGGAAUAAAUACGAAGCGGAAGAUUUCGACAUAUUACGUCAAUAUAUUGGGUAUGCACUAGAUCGUAUUCCAGAAAAUAAAGAAAAAUCGGCUGACGGCGACGAACAAAUACAAUAUAGAAGCAAAAUGGUAUCUUCGAUAUACGAUCAAAUAACGAAUUAUGGUAAGGAGUCGGAUGGGAGUAUUUUCUGCAGCGUCUUAUAUAACGUUACGUGUGAAAUACCAGAACGAUCUAAUCAGACAGCUAACAGAGAGAUUAAGUAUGUUCCUAUUUUUAAAAUUAGAAAUCAUAGCAAAGUAAGUUCACAUGACAAUCUUGAGGAAAAGUAUAAUAUACAAUAUGUAGACCACGAUGGAAGAUUAUACUUAAAUUGGAACGAUUAUUUAACGCAUAAUAAAUUGUUCCCUUGCAUUAUGGUAGUACCCAAAAAUGGAUAUUACGAAGCAGAUCUUGAAUUAGAUAUAACAGAAAAGAGUUCUACAGUAUUGCUUGCAAUUCAUUUUUCACCGGUAUGUUCGUUAAACGCUAAAAUCGUUAACCACAUAGAUGUGGCAUCUAGCGUUUUAAGUUUCGGUGCUCUUGGAAUUACUGCUUUGUCAUGGUUUACUCCUAUCGCACCUAUGGUCAUGUUGGCAGGAACAACAGCGACAAGUUUUGGCGGUGUUUGGAUGUUUGGCAGAUCUAUACAUAAUUUAAUCGAUCGUAAGUCGCAUAAAGAAUCUGUUAGUCUUAGAGACAGAAAUGCACUGUCAUCCUGGAUUAGCGUUGCCGGAUAUACAAUGGGGUUUGCAUUGACCAAGGGAAGUUCAAUACUUUCAAAAGUUGCGCAAACUGGUAAAAAUAUAGGAUUAGCUACUAGAGUAGCGUAUAAUACAGCAGUAAUUGGUAAUAUAUCUGUCAACGUCGCUUGUAUCGGAUUCAACGGAUAUCGUAUCGUCGAGAAGUAUCGGGAAAACCGUAAGGUCGAUAUGGUUGACGUGGUUUCCUUUGUAGCGCAUGCAAUGUUUUUUGCUAAUACUGUAUUAUCUACACAAUUUGCCCAUGAUAUUAUUAAUAGUUCUCAUGGUAAGGUUCUAGAAGACUACGAAGCUACUUUACGAAGUAAACGUCAUCGUAAGGCGUAUAAUAAAAUAAAAAAUAACGCAAAUUCAAAAGCAGAAAUAGUACGUUACGUUAGGAAAGUUCAAUCAAGAGCAGAGCUUUUCUCUUCCAAGGGUGGCAAUCGACCAAGCGAUAGUCAAUCAAAUGGUAAUAAACCAACCGAUAGUCAAAGAAAUGGUAACAAACCAAAGGAUAGAAAACCAAGAGAUAAUAAACCAAGUGGUUGUCGACAAAGCGAUAAUCAACCAAAUGGUAAUAAACCUAAUGAUAGUCAACCAAAUGGUGAUAAACCUAAUGAUAGUCAACCAAAUGCUAAUAAACCUAAUGAUAGUCAACCAAAUGGUAAUAAACUAAGCGAUAGGAAAGCAAGAGAUAACAAACCAAAUGAUAGUCAAAGAAAUGCUAACAAUCCAAAGGAUAGAGAACCAAGAGAUAAUAAACCAAGUGGUUGUCGACAAAGCGAUAAUCAAUCAAAUGGUAAUAAACCUAAUGAUAGUCAACCAAAUGGUGAUAAACCUAAUGAUGGUCAACCAAAUGCUAAUAAACCUAAUGAUAGUCAACCAAAUGGUAAUAAACCAAGCGAUAGGAAAGCAAGAGACAAACCAAAUGAUAGUCAAAGAAAUGACAACAAACCAAGGGAUAGUCGACUAAGCGGUAGUCAACUAAAUGGUACUAACGCAAACAAUGAGAUAAAAAGUGGUAGUUUAAGAAAUUGCGGUACAAAGAAUAAGAUUACGAAGAAUACAUCAUUUGCAAGAGAUAAAAUAUACGUUGCAAAUUCGUUUAUAUUGGAUCCAAAAGAAUUUAUAAAUAACUUUGAGAAACUUCAUGGUUUGUCUGAAAUUAGUUAUUCAUUUUUACGCAGUAUCGAUGUUUCUGUUAUAUCACUCACCGGUAAACUUUUAAAGGUGUUAACUCAUUACUACAAGUAUUGUCCUUUGUUUAGUAGUUUAAACGCCAUCCCAGAAUUUAAAAUGCUCCUUCAUGAGAUGCAGUCUGUACACGACGCGGAAAUGAUGCUAGAUAGAAUAUUUUUUCUUUCAAUGAAAAUGCUUACCAGAUGUAAACGACGCAUCUCGUGGGAAGCCGAUUUAAUCAAAAUAGCAUAUGUUUUAUGGCGCUAUGGGAAGGUACAUGCAAAAAGACGAUUACGAGAAAUGGAUAGAGAAAUAGAGUCAAAAAUAAUGUUUACACUGUUUUAUUUUAUAUACGAAAAUUUUGAAGAAUUGAGCACGAUUUUUUCAAAUGCAUUAAAUGUUUAUUUGAAUAAUUCGGAACGUAAAAUGUAUUACUACGGAACGUAAUAUGAAGUUAUAAAAAUAAAGAACAAGGUAUUUUAUAAAUUCAUGACAGGUAUUAUACAAAUGUAUUUGUAAUAUAUACAAUUUAUAUUUUGUAUAUACAUUUUUCAUAUCUUUACUAUUUUUCUACUUUUAUCAAGAAUCAAAAGAAAUUUUUACUACGAGGAAGUAUAUUAUACUUUGUAUAUUAAGAAA